AUGGAGGCAGCCCCGGGCACGGGAGGGGAGGCGGAGGCGGCUCCGCUGCGCUCGGCGGGACCCGGCGGCCGCCUCGGCCCCGCACCCACCUGCGGCCGGGCCGGGGUCGGUGUCGGGCUCGGUGUCAGAUCCGGGCUCGGUGUCAGAUCCGGGCUCGGUGCCGGGUCGGUGCUGGGGUUCGGUGUCGGAGCCGCUGCCGGUGUCGGAGCCGCCGGGGCCGGCGCCGCUCGGCGCUUUUGUCCCUGGCGGGGCAGGGCGGGCCCGGAGGGCGGCACUGAUGUCACGGACCGGGGGGUGACGGCACGGCCGGAGCGGCUCCUGAGGCUGCCCGGGAGCCCCUUCCCAGCACCCGGGCCGGGAUCCUCCGGCCAUGACCUGCACUGGAAGUUCACCCCAGAUCUUCUGCAGCCACCAGAGGAACAGCAGGAGGAAAUGGCUGCAACUGGCCCUGGGAUCAGCCUUCCUCCCUGCAAGACCCACAGACUGGCAGAGAUUGCUGAGCUGAUCACCUCUGCUCUCUCCUCAGCCAGCUGCAGGGAAAGGCUGGUGCUGGCCUUGAAGAAGGAAAGCCUCAUUCCCAAACUCUUACAGCUUUUCCAGAUCUGCAAGGGGUUACAGCUCAGAUGGGGCUUGCAGCAUUUGUCAGCCAUUAUACAAGGAAUUCUGUGUCUCAACCAAGCAGCUCUGCUGGAGGUGAUGCUGUCCCAGGAGUGUAUCAUGGAUGUGGUCAUAUCCCUCGACUAUGGCCCCUCUCUGGCACAGCCCAAAUGGCACCAGCAGCUCCUGCAGCAAACAACCCAGCUGAAGGAGCUUCUUCCCAUCCGAGACCCUGAGCUCCAGCAAAAAUUCCACCAGGUGUUCUGGGCACAGGAUAUUCAGGCUGUCAUCUUGGCCAAGGGGCUGCAGAUGCGCUGGCAGCCCUGUCCCCAGGAAGGCUUCACCUGGCAGGCCAUCAGGGCAGAGGAAGCCUCCACGAUCGGGAUGUGA